GAAAUAAACAAACGACACCUGGCUCCGCAGUCCGUGUGUGGGCCUCUCUACUUUCAAAACAUUCUACGUGGGUUGAUAUUUAUGACACAAAAACAAGGAAAAUCCCGCUAGGAAACGAAAAGCGCAAGCUGCAUUGAUUAGGGUAUUUUCCACCGAAUAUCCAAAGUGCAACACGAUGGCCGACCUGAAGAAGGACUUGGAUGAGUAUCUGCUGCUGCAGAGCGAUCAAAAGAAAAGCUUCAAACUCGAAAUGCCAAAGAUGCCCUCGAUAUCUACCCCAGGGCUGGUGAGUAAACUGUUCGGCAAAAACCAGGAAAGCGAGGCGAACAGCUGGCUCAAGGAUCCCCAGGAAACGUGCUGCCCCAAGCUGAGUCGAAUACAACGCAUCGUAGGAUUUGUCACCUGUCUCGGAUUGGGGGUGUUCUGUAUGAUCGUGUCAACGUUCUACAUUCCUGUGCUGAUCCUCAAGGCAAGAAAGUUUGCCCUUCUGUACACGUUGGGAAGUAUCUUCUUCAUCAUGAGCUUCUCGUUCCUGAGCGGUUUCGGAGCAAUGUUCCGGCAGAUGUUCUCCCGCGAACGGGUUGCCCUGUCCAUAUCGUACUCAUGUUGCCUAACAGCAACGCUAUACUUUGCCAUGGUUGAGCAAAGUACCGCUCUGACCGUGCUGUUUGCGGUGGCACAAAUCAUCACACUGCUCUGGAUGAUCCUGGGGACGAUUCCGGGAGGCAUGACCGGGGUCAAAUUCUUCGGACAGAUGUUUCGCAGUUCGGUUUCGAGCAACCUGCCGGUGUAAGGAGCGGGAGGAGCAGCGUUCAACUAAUCCAUUUAGAUUUGUAAGUAUAUCUCUGAACCUAAGACGUCAAUAUUGAAAAUUAAGAAUUACUAUUAAUCUUCGGGAGCCAUCCCUGUGAUCGAUGCGGAAACGAUAACUGUAUUACCUAAUAUAUAUUUGGAAAGGUACAUGUACAAUGAAAGGACUUAUCAAUAAAACUUCAAUCAUUA